AUGGCAUCUUCAUCCGAGUCCUCAGCCCCAGCCUCUGCCUCUGCCUCUGCAUCCGCAUCCGCAUCUGCAUCAGCGUCUGCGCCGGUACCUACUACAAGCUCUGGCGACCCUUCAUCGACUGUCCCCUCAGAAUCUGCUCCACCUGCCCCGUCUUCUUCCACGCCGACGGCCGAGAAUGGCGCCGCAGACGACCCAGCCUCCAAGAACCAGGCCUCCAAAGAGCCCACACCAGAAACCGAGGUACCCGUGCGUACCGAGGAAUCUUUCAAGGCCUAUCAGCUGGAGCGCAUCAUUGCACGGGAUAAAAUCGCCACUGCAGCCCUGAAGGAGAAGCAGGCGCGCCUCGAGGAGAACACGAAACGAUGGAAACAAGAGAUCGACGAGUACAAGCUGAUCCAGACCCAACCCACUGCGCAAUUCUUCCCUCCCUCCAGAUUGUAUGGUGAAGGUUACAACGGAUUUGGCAAUGGCCAUACUGAGAAUCGCGGUCCACCCCGUCUGAUUUAUCCCAAAGACAAGCCUCGCGCUGGCAAGCGAACUACACCAGCCUUGCCGAAGGCUAGCCGAAAGGACCUGAAGGAGCAGGCUGAUCAGUAUGAAGAACUAGUGCCUGUACGGCUCGAUGUCGACUGGGACAAGCUCAAGCUGCGAGACACGCUCACAUGGAACCUCCACGACCGUCUGGUACCAAUCGAUCUUUUCUCCGCACAGCUUGUCGAAGACAUGGGCCUAAAAGCACCGCACGACCGGCCUGUCUACGAACAAAUCCAACAUCAGAUCCGCGAACAGCUGCUCGACUUUUACCCCAUGGUCUUUUCUAGAGAGGAUGCUCUCGACCCCGAACUACCCUAUUCCGCAUACAAAAAUGACGAGAUGAGAAUAUUGAUCAAGCUCAACAUCACUAUUGGCGCCGUCACACUAAUCGACCAAUUUGAAUGGGAGAUGAAUGAGCCAGAAAAUUCACCAGAAGAUUUUGCCCGGGUCAUGGCUCAUGACCUGUCACUAUCGGGCGAGUUCACUACGGCAAUAGCACACUGCAUCCGAGAGCAGACCCAGCUGUUCACAAGGACGUUGUAUGGCAUCGGGCAUCCUUUCGACGGCAGGCCAAUCGAAGAACCGGACCUUGCCGCGUCUUUCCUACCCUCGCCUUUGCCCAGUGUCUUCCGGCCCCAACAACAAGCCAAGGACUAUGCGCCAUAUCUCUAUGAAUUGGGCGAUGCCGACCUGGAGAGGAAUGAAGUCAUUUUCGCAAGGGAGCAGCGCAAGCAGAAGAGAUCAGUAAACAGGCGUGGCGGUCCACAGCUGCCCGAUCUCAAGGAGCGACAGAGGACAAUACGAACAAUGGUCGUCUCCUCAACUAUCCCUGGAGCUGCAGACUCAAUUGAGAAGACGGGGCUCUUCAAACGAGUUGCAGGCGCUGGCACUGGAAGGGGACGCGGUCGCGGCCAACAUGACGGCACAUUUUCAGACUCGGAGGAGAGUGAAGAAUCAGCACCCGACUCUCCAGCUAUGUCUCAACUCGCUGGAACUGCGCGGACUCGAGGCAUGCGCGGCGCUGCUACUGUCGCGCAACAGAAGAUGGCGCACAUCGGUCGUUCCGAGACGCCUGAGGUCAUCACAUCACAUCAUCACGAAACUAGAACGUCAAGGCGCUUUGGUCGUGCCUUGGACGAAACACCUGACGAGCCUCGCAAUCACUGGGUGGCUAUCAAGGUACCACGCACAUACGAGAGAGCCAGGAAAAUGCUUUGGGAUAUUAAGAUGGGCCGGCCGAUCACGCGCCCUGACGCUGCUCAAACCCCCCGCCAGCCACGAGCUCCCAGCGCGUCACUUCCGCCAGGUAGCAUGGGGCCACCUCUGACUCCUUCAGCACCACCCAAGCCACCUCUUGUAAAGAAUGCAAGUAGCAUGUCGCAGCCUGGCUCCUCGGCACCUGUGCCCCAAGUAGGCCGUGUACCGGCUCCUCCGCCACCCGGGGAAGGCCAACCUCCCCUCGAAAUACCUCCACCACCAGAGUGGCUGGAAAAGUCACUUAAUGACCUGCGCAAGUCCUGGCCUCAUGACAACUUCGAGGCUACAAUGCGGCACUGUGCCGUGCACGCCGACACAGAGACUACCAUCAUCCCGCCGCCACAGAUCCCACGAGGCCAGCCGCUUCCCGAUAAUGUGAAGUACAUGUUUCUCCCCCGGAUUAGGUGUCCCGACUGCCCGGGCAAGCUCUACACGCCCGGCCCGGACAUGACGGCGGCCAACUUCGAGGUGCACUUGCGUAAUAAGCAGCACCGCGACAAGGUGAACAAACGCGCCGGCUUCGAGACGGACCCUGCCAAGGCGGCCUCAUCCGCAGGCGGUUCAUAG